CGGCACCUUUCCAAGAGUCGAUUUUCUUUCGACCAAGACACCAUACCACGCAGUCCAGCAGAGGCAGACACAUAUUUCAACUCUCUCUAGCCACUCCCUCCUUGCCGUCCUUCUUGAAAACAUGUCUGUCUAUCUUGAUCCUCAAAGCCAGGCUUUCGUGGAUUCACUCCAAGGCCCUCCACUCUAUGAGAAGUCUUUCGUGGAUGCAAGGCAGAUUCUGGAAGAUAUCCAGAGUUUCAAGACCUCGUCAGACGUGGAACAGGAACAAUUGGACAUCCAGGUCAAUGGAGAGGCAGUCAAGACUGUCAUCUUUCGUCCCGCCGGCGCAACGGGUGUGUUGAAGCUGAUCUUUUACACACAUGGCGGCGGCUGGAUUCUUGGAAGCCCAACUGUACAUGGCAGCUUGAUGGAGGAUUUCGUGCGCAAGACUGGGGCCGCUGUUGUUUUCCCUUACUACACCCCGGCGCCAGAGGCUCAAUAUCCUACCCAGUUUGAGCAGUCCUAUGGCGUUUUGGAAUACUUUGUGAAAAACGGAAGCAAACACCAACUGGACUGUGCGGUGUUCGGCCUUGCUGGUGACAGCGUUGGCGGAAACAUGGCCAUUGCCAUGACUCAACUUGCUCAAUCCCGAAACCUUCCAGCAAAGAUUGGUCAACUGGUGCUUCUAUACCCUGUCACCGACACUCACUCCAAGUCCGAGACAUACAAGACGUUUCGAGAUGGUCCAUACCUCACUGAGAAGACGAUGGAUUGGAUGAUCGAGGCCUUUCUGCCCAAGAAGGAAGACAGGGCCACAGCUCUCGCUUCGCCCCUGACAUUCGCCCCGGACGAGGUUCUCGCCAAGUUUCCUCCCACCACCAUAUUUCUGUCCGGGGCAGACCCUCUCAUUGGCGAAGCGGAAGCCUUUGGCCACCGUCUGCAGAAAUUGGGGGUUGACACUGCGAUCCUCAAGGCCGAGGGGGUGGUUCAUGACUACGUGAUGCUUGAACCUCUCAGACACGCUGCCACGCCUCGCGCAGUCACCGAGUUUGCAGCUUUGAAGCUCCUUCAGGCCGUGUCUUCCAAGUGAUCUAUGGGCAGACACAAAGCUCGCUAUAGUUGAAUAUCACUUCUCCACGUGAUAAUUUCGUGGAGCACAAACCUCUGGUAUAUCACUAGAUUCGAAUAAAGUGCACGCGAGCUACUCUGGCUUCUACUGCUCGCUUGCACAGCUCAAGCUGUCCUGUUUCGUUUAUUUAUACCAAUGGGCCUGUAGCAUAAGUCGCAUAAAUAGAUUACGCAGUUUCCCUCGUAUAAUUGUCCAUGUUA